AUCCAAAGCAGCUUGCCCUCUUUGCUCCCUGUCGAUUGUGAUUGUCUCGAGGAGGCUGGCAGCAUCGACUGUCUUAUUUUACUACUCAACUCUGCCGAACAUAUAUACCCCUCCUCCAUUCCUGACCACCAUGGCCCAGAACGCCGUGGGCAGGCUCUUCCGCAGCCACAAUGCCACCACCACGCUGCGUCAAUCUGUGGGCAGCUUCACCCAGCAGCGCAGUGCCUCCGGACGGGCACUCCCUCACUUCCGCACCGCCGACACCAUCGAAGUAGAGGAAGCCCUCGAUCGGCUCCGCGAAGAGCUCUUCGUCCCCUUUGGCGUCGGCGUCCGCCAACGCCGCCUGAUGUUCCGCCAGAAAUACGCCGAAAAGCUCGCCCAGGAGCCCGUGACCGCCAGCGUCGGCGACGAAGAGGUCACGCUCCGUCCGAUGAACCCGCACACGCUCCCCACCAAGAACGAAGCCUUCGAGGCCAUCGCGCACAUGAAGACCUACAACGACUGGCGGAACCUGUCCCCGCUACUGUCGGGCCUGAAGAUGUCGAACCGGAUCGUCAAGCCCUCGCGGAUGGAGUGGAUUGUGCGGAAGGCCGGCGAGGCCGAUGCGCUGGGCGUGCUGCUCGGCUGUGCCCGCCGGGCCAAGAUAACGGGGAUGCGGCUCAACGAUGUCGACCUGGUGCAGCGCAUUUUCUUCGAGCUGCAUCGCAAGGCCCAGCGUGCUGGGUUCCAGGGCGUGGAGGCGUCCAAGGCGUUGAGUUUCGCGCGCCAGUUCACCGAAAUGAUGGAGUCGCCGGACCAUGUGGAGCACGACAUCACGAGGGAUCCCAAGCGGAGGCCGUUUGUGAUCGGUACGCUGCUGGAGCUGGCGGCUGCGCGGGCGUUGAGCGAGUUUGAGGGCAAGGACCUGAAGGGUGAAGUCCGCGUCUACGCCCAGCGUCUGCUGGCUUGCUGGAAGCUGGGGAACUUUGACCGCGAGGAGAAGGACUGGGUCGCCAUCGAUCGUAUGCUGCAGGAGAACGUUCCCAUCCUGACCGGAAUGAAGCUGGCUCUGCAGGUGAAGGGCGUUUCUUCGGACCGGACCGUCUCUUUGAGCUUGAAGUCCCAUUCUGACAAGUUGGCGACGCUGGUUGCGAAUCAGGCGAAGCUGGCGCCGGCGGACGUCCAAGCAAACCCCUCGCUGGGCCUCCAGCAGGCUCGGAUUUUGCUGGAGGAGCAGAGUUGAAGUCGGCGUUUGAUUUUCUAAAGUUGCUUAUGAACUGUACAUUACCACUUUGAAUUGUCUGAGCAGUGUCUGUAUUUGAAAAUAGAUGCCAUUUCUUUUC